UUUCCUUCUUUGUUUCUCAGACCUGGUCCUGUAGACGGAAGGAGCCUGGACAGUGACACAUGCUCAAAGCCCUGCAGGACCACCAUGGCUUAUGAUGACUCCGAGAAGAAAGAAGAUUGCUUUGAUGGUGACCACAGCUGUGAGGACAUAGGACUUGCGGCCGGCCGAAGUCAACGAGAAAAGAGACGUUCUUACAAGGAUUUCUUAAGGGAAGAGGAAGAGAUCGCCGCUCAGGUCAGGAGUUCUUCCAAGAAGAAGUUUAAGGAUAGUGAGCUGUGCUUCUUGGGGACGGACACACACAAGAAGAAGAGGAAGCAUUCCCCAGAUGACUACCACCAUGGAGACAUUUCUUCUUUGGAAUUGGCACAAAAGAAAAAGAAAAGGUCCAGUCCACAGGCCGCUGACACAGCUAUGGACCUGUUGAAAGCAAUCACUUCCCCACUGGCAGCCAGCGCCAAGCACCCCAGAAAGGCAGGGGAGAAGUCCUCUGGCUCCUCCAGCCACACGAGCCACUCAGAGAGUAAACGGGAGCACCACAGGAAGAAGGGCAGUGUCAGCAGUGGGGACGCCCCCCUGGAGGACAGCAGCUCCCACAAAUCCAAGAAGAUGAAACCGCUCUAUGUGAACACAGAGACCUUGACCCUGCGUGAGCCUGAUGGCCUGAAGAUGAAACUGAUUCUUUCACCAAAGGAGAAAGGAAGCAGCUCUGUCGAGGAGGAGUCUUUUCAGUACCCUUCUCAACAGGCAGCUGUGAAAAAAUCCACUAAAAAGUCAGCUCGGGAUGAGCAGGGGACUGUGCUCCUAGGACAUGAGUUCCAGAGUUUGCUGAAAACGGCCCGGAAGAAGCACAAGUCGUCCUCAGACCCUCACUCGUCACCUGGCCCUGAAGUCUGUGGGUCUGAAGCUGCCCCGUUCCGAGAAGCCCACAGUGCCAGCCUUGACCUUUCAGGGCUUGAGCCAAUUCUGGUGGAGUCGGACUCAUCCUCGGGUGGAGAGCUGGAGGCAGGCGAGUUGGUCAUAGAUGAUUCUUACCGGGAAAUCAAGAAGAAAAAGAAGUCGAAGAAAAGCAAAAAGAAAAAGGACAAGGAGAAGCAUAGAGAGAAGAGGCACUCCAAGUCCAGGAGAAGCUCGGGGCUGCCUGCUGCCACCGCAAGUGACAUCACAGUGACACCUGGCCCCCCUCCCAGCAUCACCUGCACUGGGGCUGCCGCUGCCCCUGUCCCAACGACUCUGAACCUCCCAACAGAGGGGCAUGCAGAGAGAAAGAAGAAAAAGGAAGAGAGGGACAGAGAGAGAGAGAGGGGAGAAAAGCCAAAAAAGAAGAAUAUGUCGGCCUACCAGGUGUUCUGUAAGGAGUACCGCGUGAGCAUUGUGGCUGAGCACCCAGGGAUAGAUUUUGGGGAACUGAGUAAAAAGCUGGCUGAGGUGUGGAAACAGCUGCCAGAAAAGGACAAACUGAUUUGGAAGCAGAAAGCUCAGUAUCUGCAGCAUAAACAGAACAAAGCGGAAGCUACAACUGUGAAAAGAAAAGCGUCUGUCUCAGAAGGCUCCACCAAAGUCAGAGCUCCUUCUGCAGGAGUCCUGUCACCCCAAAAGAAGUCCCUGCCCACCACAGUGCUGUUCCCUGCGUCACCAGCCAGAGCUCCCGAGACAGAGCCCAUUGACGUGGCUGCACACCUUCAGCUGCUGGGAGAGUCCCUCAGCCUCAUCGGACACCGCCUGCAGGAGACAGAGGGCAUGGUGGCUGUGUCUGGCAGUUUGUCUGUGCUUCUGGAUUCUAUCAUCUGUGCUCUCGGCCCCUUGGCGUGUCUGACCACACAGCUACCUGAGCUGAACGGCUGUCCCAAGCAGGUCUUGUCAAACACACUAGACAACAUUGCUUACAUCAUGCCUGGACUGUGACCACAGAGCACCCUGGAACAGAAGCCUCCCCGGCCCUUUUGCUGGUUGGUGUACAGAUCACUGUUGCAGACCCUUCACUGGCCUCUGGGUGUGGGUUUUUAAUUUUUAUAUCUAUAUCUAUAUAUAUUAUAUACAUAUAUAAUGUACAGUAUAUAGAUAGGACUGUAACUACUUUGCUUUAGUAAUUUUAUGAUUUUGCAAAGGUGUAGCCAAGAGGAAACUUUGGCAGGAAUAAGGGCUUGGAAUUUAUUCUCUGUGGUGGUUAAAUCUGCCUUAAAAAUCAGUGUCACCUGUGACUGGGGUCUUGUUCUAGGUACCAAGUGUGCCUGUUACAGACAGCUAAAGUGUGAUUUUUUUUUUUUUUUUUCCUAAAUCAGUGGUACCUCCAGACCCAUCACUGACCAUUUGCCUUAUCUGUCGUACAGCUGAAAUGUAAUAAGGAUUAAGAGAAAUGCUGGCUGACCUAAAGUGACCUUGGUGGGAGGUGACAGUGUCCUGCCCACCAUUGCUGUUGAGCACUUAGGUGGGCUGAGGAGAGGUCGUUGCAGUCCCUUCACAGCAUCCACCUCCCACAAUCACAUUGGAAGGGGCUGGUGACACAGUUCAGUGGCAUAAGUGCCUGCCUGGCAAGCACAAGGUCCUGAGUUCAAUCCCUGGUACCAAAAAAAAAAAAAUCAGAGUGUACCUUUGGCAGCCUUGAGGGACACCAAGGGCUGCAUGACUCAUGGCAACGAGAAGUCCCUGAGAGGGUGAAGCUGCCGAGGUCCAGCCGGGCCACAGUAUUUGGUCUGCAGACCCAAGAGCUGGCAUCUUUCACUUGGCAACGCUAGAUGGGCCACCACGUCCCCAGAUGCUACUGCUCAGUGUCUCGGUGGUUAUGGAAGAUAGACUUGGUCCCACAUCACUCGUGGGUUUGUCUUAGCGCCUCCCUUCCAGCAGACACAGCACUCUGUGUCUCACGUGAGUGCACUGCAGAACGACUCCAGUCUCACGUAGAUUUAUUUAUGUGUGUGUGAACGUGUAUUUUAAUUAUGUGUAUUUAACUCUUAAAUUUCUUAGAUUUUAAUUUAUGCUGUAAAUUUCUGUAUAUAUAAUUUAAUAACAAAACCUCCGCCACCAGCGGUGUGUGAAAGAUACAGAUUAGUCAUUUCUCCUUUCUCCCUUCUGGUCUCUUCUAAAAACUUCAAAUCAUCUAUACUUUAAGGUUUUAUAUCUCAAAAAAGAAUCAUUGUAUUGCGGUUCUAAUUCUUUAUAAAGAACUUCAAACCUUUCAAUAAUGUCAAAAACGUGAAAUAAAGAAGUAUUACCCUUCCCUGCUACCCUUAUUUCUAAAGAGCAGACCUGUGUCCCAGGUGGGAUGAACUUGACAGUGGCUGGUUUAGGUGGCUCCCUGCGAGCCACGCUGGCAUGGCCAGUGGCACCAUGGGGCUGUGGGGCCAUACGGUCCCUCCUGGCCAGCGUUGUCACAGGGCAGGGCUCCUCAGAGCCAUGCUGGCACUGAGCUCACAAGCGCAGAGCUGUUCCGUAGCUUGCUCAAGGAAAUGGGAAUCAGGGAAAGCAGGACGUUGGCUUGCCCGUGCCAAGCCUUGUCCAGCCCUCACCCACGGAAGCUUCUGCGAAAUGUGACUGGGCAGGGUGGGACACAGGAAGCCAGGCAGACCUUCACCUUGUCUAGGACACACGUGCCUCGCCAACAGACGGCUCUGACCCACCAGCGCCACAGGCGUGACAGUCCCCUCCCAUCAGGUGCUGUGGGCCAUCAGUGACUCCCCUCCCAUGGGAGUCACUCACAAACCACCAAUGGCUCAAGCCGGAGAACUGUUGAUGGAAUCCUGGGAAGAACCUGCUCUGUUUUCUUGUGUUUGUUUUUUCCUUUGAAACCCAGCCCUGCUAUAUUUGUAUUUAAGAUUUGUGCACAUUUGUAUGAUAAUCUGUAUCUUGUGGUAUUUGGUACUUAAUAGAAGAAAAACUUUGGAUUCAGACCCCCUCUUGCAGUUUUUAUAUCAUUUUAUUUUGUUUUUUAACUUCCAGUGGUUUGACCCAAAUCCCAUUAUGACUGUAUAAAGAAAUAAGAUUUUGUACUUAUAUUAUUAAAAAAAAUCACAUUUUAAAUAUUUGUAGUUUAGUCUCAGCUGUCUUUUCCCUAAUCAUGCUAAUCGUAUUUGCUGUGAAAUUAGAAAACUUGCUCUUUUUCACAUUUUUUCCUACCAAAAUUUUCUCUAAAAUAAAGAACUAAGGUAGAGGCAUAGUUACUAACCUCAGCCACUUUUCUGAUGUGCAUCUUACUGUCUGUUAA